CCGAAAGGCCUUCUUCGAACCAGGGAGAGAGGGAGAGAGGAAGAGAGGGGGAGGGGGAGAUGGCGCAGUACGAGGAGGAGAAUACGGAGUUCUACGUACGGUACUACGUGGGACACAAGGGGAAGUUCGGGCACGAGUUCCUGGAGUUCGAGUUCAGGCCCGACGGGAAGCUGCGGUACGCCAACAACUCCAACUACAAGAACGACAUCAUGAUCCGCAAGGAGGUCUGGCUCAACCCCGCCGUCCUCCGCGAGUGCCGCCGCAUCAUCGCCGAGAGCGAGAUUAUGAAGGAAGAUGAUAGUAACUGGCCAGAACCUGACCGUGUGGGACGGCAAGAACUUGAGAUAGUGAUGGGGAAUGAGCACAUUUCCUUCACCACCUCAAAGAUUGGUUCCCUUGUUGAUGUGCAGACAAGCAAGGACCCUGAUGGGCUUCGGAUAUUCUACUAUCUUGUUCAGGACUUGAAAUGCUUUGUGUUCUCUCUCAUCUCCCUCCACUUCAAGAUCAAGCCAAUAUAAGGAGGACGUCUCCCAAGCAUGUGGCUUCCAAUUGUUUGAUCCUUUUGGCGGUAGCCUCGUGGUCUGUCUUCAUUGAUUGAGCAGCAUGCAUAGUUUGGUAUUGUGCACUUUGAGUAUGACUGGUGGAAUCUCCUUGUUGAGUUUUGGGUUUGUAACUAAACGAUGCUUUUAACUCGAAAUACCAGAACUCUUGAUGCUC